AUGGAGAGCAGCAAGGUCAUCUCAACUGACAAAGCUACAGUUGUCAUCCAAGUAAAUCCACAGGUGGCACAAGAUACUGUUAUUUGUGAUGAUGGACAACAGGCCAGAGGAGCAUAUCACAAUACAGCUCUUAAAGGAUUUUUCAAAGCACAACCAAAGGCACUGGGGUCUGUCCAGAUAAUGACUGGAAUGAUGAUUUUCUUAUUUGGUAUUGUACGCACUGAUGACUACAAUUACCAAUACCCUUUUAUUUCUGUUGUUACUGGCAUCACCUACUGGGGAUCCCUUAUUUACAUCAGUAUUGGCUCUCUGUCUGUUGCUGCGCAGAAUAAACUUCAUCCGUGUGUGGUGAAAGCCUCUCUUGUAAUGAAUGUGAUCAGUGCCAUAACUGCAGGACUCACCAUUCUUCUGAUGGGCAUAGAGUUACGACUCAUUUCAGAGGCUUAUCACAGAUGCAGUUAUGAGUGUUCUAAGUCCAUGUGUUUAAAAUUGAAGAAACAUGAUCUGGGGAUCCUUGAAAUAUUGCUGGGGUUCUCCAUCCUUCAGUUCAUCAUCUCCAUCUUUAUCUCAGGAUUUGCCUGCAAAGCCACCAGCAACACAGACUCUACAGUGGUUAAUGUGGCACUAAACCAGGGAUGCUGA